CGUACAAUAUUUGGCAAAUGGAUUACUCAAUAGCAUUGACGAAAACAAAAUCUUUUCACAAAAAAUUGUUUAUUGGAAUCUUUGAUACGUAGAGAGUUUGUUGCGGUGGUAAUUUCAGUCUGCAGCCUGCUCCCAUGCACAGAGGGCGAGAAUAACGGAAGCGGAGCAUUUGUUUACUAUUGAAAAUGCCAAACAUUUUCCACAUUUUCAGUCCGAUUUUUGGUACUUUUCAUCGCCGUCAUGGCCACUGCUACACCCAUCGCGGGCAGCAGCCCGUUUGCAACGCAGCUCUUCCAAGCCAUUGUUAGUGAACGGCCAAAAGAGAAUGUCAUCGUUUCGCCUGUGUCAAUAGAAACCUGUUUGGCUUUGGCCUAUCUCGGUGCUGAAGGUCAGACAGCUGCAGAAUUGGCGUCGAUUCUACAACUCCCUCGGGGUGACAAAAAAAGCAUCGCUGCAAAAUUUGCCAAACUCUUCGAAAGGACAAAAUCAGAAAGUCGGGGAACUGCCACAUUCCGACUCGCCAAUCGCAUUUAUUUGGACCAACGUUUUCAAUUAUCAUCAAACUUUAAUGAAAUAGCCGAAAGUCAACUACAUUCCCAAGCCGAAAAUGUGCACUUUGCUGAAGCUGCUUUAGCAGCAGAGAAAAUUAAUUCAUGGGUUGAAGAACAAACGGACAAUAGAAUUCAAAAACUGGUCAGCGCCAACAGCUUGGAUGUCAAUACGGCUGUAGUGCUGGUGAAUGCGCUCUACCUCAAAGCUAAAUGGGUGAAUCAGUUCGAGAAUGAUUCCACAUCCGCGCAGGACUUUUUCGUAGGUGUGGCACAAAAGGUGAAAGUAGAAAUGAUGAAGCAAUCAGAUCAAUUUUUAUACGCCGAAUAUAAGGAGCUCGACGCAACGGCUAUUGAAAUGAAAUAUGCCGAUACAGAUGUUUCGAUGUUGGUAGUGCUGCCGAAUGCCGUUGAUGGACUAGCGUCUUUGGAGGAGAAAUUAAAAAAUAUAGAUUUGAUACAGUUAUUUGCCGCUAUGAGUCUUGAAGAAGUUGUUGUGCAGUUGCCGAAGUUCAAAUUUGAAUUGAAUCUUUCGCUGAAACCAGUCUUGGAGCAGCUGGGUGUAUCCACUAUGUUCAGUGAUAAAGCAGAUUUCAGCAGCAUGCUGGCGAAGAAAGAUAAUCUGGCUAUUUCUGAAGCCCAGCACAAAGCCUUUAUUGAGGUUAACGAAUCGGGCACAGAAGCGGCGGCGGCCACAUAUCUAAAGUUUGUGCCGUUGUCGGCUAAAUUAACGCAGCACAUAUACCACUUCGUUGCCGAUCAUCCCUUUGUGUUUGUAAUCAAAGAUAACGAAAAUGUGUACUUCAUAGGACAUGUUACAAAUUUCUAAAUUACAGUUAUUUAUAGUUUACGUAUGUAUAUUUUUAGACUGAAAUAUAAUUUCUUAACAAGACUACGGUCGUGAACAUGAAAAAACAUCUUGAGAACGAACUGAACUAUGUAUGUAUGUGCCACUGGGCGUAUAAGUAAUUUGAAGGAAUUGAGAUUUGCACGGGCAAGUUUUCAGGCAGUUAGCUCAUCAAUAUCCAAACACACACCUUUUUAACAGCGCAUUUCAUGUGAAUUUUUUAUGUAUUUAAAAUGGAGAUAUGCAAUGAUAUCACAAAUAAAUUACCCUUUCCACUAUAUUACAGUGAGUUAUGCCAGUUUCUUCUUCACACACAAGUAAUUUCCCUUUCUUUUUGUUUGUGUACUCAUGGGCU